AUGUAUACCACACGCAGCUCCCUCAUCCUCGCUGACGCUAUCGUGCUCGUCCUAACGUGGAUUAAGACAUUCAGACACUGGAGGAAUGCCCGCCGCCUCAAGAUGAAGGCGUCGCUGACGACGUGUUUGCUGCGCGAUGGAACUACCUAUUUUAUAGCUCUACUGGCUCUCAAUAUAAGCCAGCUUCUCACAUACAACAUCCCCGAUCCGCCCCCGAUCCUCAUCAACCGCUUCAUCAUCAACCUCCGGACGGCCGGCUCGACAGUGUCGGACUACUCUAUGCACAUGAGCGACCAGCGGCAACGACAGUCGUCACUGCAGUUCACAAGGCCAACAGAUCGGUUGGGAAAUAUGGGGGGAACGCUGCAGGUUGGCAGGAGCGACGAACCCUGUGAUGACGGGAAUGAUGUGACAGAAGUGAGAGAGGAAGGACGUCAUGAGGCCAGCGCUGAGGCGUGA